AUGGAAUAUAAACAAUUCACCCCAGAGACUCCUUUCCUUCGUAUUGAACCCUUCCACGAAGGGCAUACAACAGAUGUCUUUGCUCCAGAGGCUCUUCAGUAUUCAGAGGCUCUUGAGUAUUUUGCAACACCACCAGGGAUUUAUUCAGUUGAGAAAGACGGCAUGGCGGGAGUUCAUUUCUAUCCUACAAAUCUACAGCCAAGUGACGAGAAUGUCGAUGGACUUCGAAUUCGCUACAGUUGCGACCCCGAGUAUUUGGAAUUGGUCGUCGUCUUCGUCUUCUCCAAUGCUGGCGCGUUCGUUAUUCGCCAGCCCGUUAUACCCGAUGAAGCCUGCGCUCAAAGGUUCCAAGUAAAACUGAACAUCUUAAGCAUGCUGGUGUUUAGAAUCUUAACGCAUGAUAAUGCACCGUUCUACGGUGCACAUAAGUGGCAAAUUUUGCAGUUUUCACCAGACCUCGAGGCUCUCCGUGACAACGCCAAUACAAGUGAUAUCGCAAUUUUCGUGCACGAACAACUCAUGACCCGUGUUACUACCACAUUCUCACAGUUGUUGCCUGGAAACGCACGUGCAAAAAUGAUUACCUUCCUUCCAGAACCCUCAAUCCUGAAUAGUCAUCUCAAUAUUUCUUGGGAGCCAUCAGGAAAGCCCCAUUAUUGGAUGGAUUUCCCUCAAAUUACAGGGCGUGACAAAACUGGCAAGUUUUUCAUCGAUGAAAAUUGGAAAAAGACGCCACUGUCUAACCAGAACGCGUGA